AUGGCUAACGAUCUCGUCCAAGCUCGUGACGCAUCCCAAGUCUUUGGUGUUGCUAGAAUUUUCGCAUCCUUCAAUGAUACUUUUGUCCAUGUCACUGAUUUAUCCGGUAAGGAAACUAUCUGUAGAGUUACCGGUGGUAUGAAGGUGAAGGCUGAUAGAGAUGAAUCAUCUCCUUACGCUGCCAUGCUAGCUGCACAAGAUGUUGCUGCCAAGUGUAAGGAAGUUGGUAUCACCGCGGUUCAUGUUAAGAUUAGAGCCACUGGUGGUACUAGAACUAAGACUCCAGGUCCAGGUGGUCAAGCUGCUUUGAGAGCUUUGGCCAGAUCUGGUUUGAGAAUUGGUCGUAUUGAAGAUGUUACACCUGUCCCAUCCGAUUCUACAAGAAAGAAGGGUGGUAGAAGAGGUAGAAGAUUAUGA